AUGCAAGUACUUGGCAGUGUUUCCCUAAUUCCGAAUUCAGGUCUGUGCUUUAGCUCAGACCAAAAGUCGAGCACAAUUUUCUUUUUUGAAACUUUGGAAAUUUUCAAAGAAAUUUCGAGAACAUUGUUCAUUCAAGCAAUCCAGUUUGUUAUUCUGAAAAAAAUAUAUCAUGAGGUUUCUGAUUUAGAAAGUCUGGAGGUAGAAUAAGUUUUUAAAGAUUUAGAAGAAGUAAGUUGUAGAACAAGUUAAUCAAAAAUUUUUUUUCAAGUUCGAGAAAAUAACCGGAAGAACCUCAAUGCCUCAAUCCUCGAAUAUGGAAGGGACAACAGUCUUUUAAAACUUAAAAUAACUUUUUAGUGAUAUGUUAACGUUUAUGGAAUACAAAAUGAAUAAAAAAAGAAGCGAAAGAGACUUUUUUUCAUCACUUUUUUUCGAAAAACUUGAAGUUCCCAGCAAGUCAUUUUACUUUUUUUUUUUUUGAAAAUUGCUAGAGCGUUAAAGAAACUUUCAAAUGAAAGUGAUCAAAGUUUUUUUAAGGUCUCAAUGGACAUUUCUUGUGAUUCUUCGAAAGAAAACGCCUCACAUUUCUCGCAAAAUCAGCUUAACAGACGAAUAAUGGAUCCCUAAGACUUUGUCAAAAAGUCACUUUGAGGCUUCUGAAUAGACGAAGUGACUGAAAAAUCUCGAAAUUUUUAUUUUUUCAAGGAGGUGUCUGUUCCUCUUUCACCAAUUCUUAAGCACGAAGUGUGAUUAAACUGUGAUGAUAACAUCAGAAGAUUCUAUGGGCGAUCAGGAUAAAAUCUGUUGAGGAUCUCAAAUAGCCGAUCUGUUGGACUUUGGCUUCCAGAGGCUCCCACACGAUGACCGCAAGUGCGAAGCGGGAAAGCCGGGGGAAAAAGGCGGUGAUGGGUGUCGCGAGGAGUUUUGGUAGCGGCGGACACGUCAAACAGCAAAAAGAAGUUCGAAGGCUCCAAACAAAGCGCCUCGCGGACAUCAUACGUGCGCAAUCGAGAUGCAUCGUGGCCCCUCGAGUGGCUGUUGAUCGGGGAUAUCGCGCGAAGCUCUUAUCACUCGGCGGUCACUCAGUCUGUCGCCAUGCGUCUGCUCCUUGCGGCCACGCUCAUCGCCGCCCUAAAAGGUUCGUUCCCUUUAUCUUUCUAAUCAGUUGAAUUAUCCAACUGAGCCUUUUUUGAAGGCCUUGGCCAGUGUGGAACGAGUUUUAAGAUAGGGAAUCCAUCUUGCGAUUCCAUCGGUCUAUCUGAAGUUUCGCAGAAGAUUUUACUUCCAGAGCGAUUCGCUAUAUCAUCAUUUCGUUUUAAUUUAUGUUUCAGAAACAAACUUGACUUACCUUUUUCCUCCAGGAAACCUCGUAUAAAGAAAUUUUUGAUUCAGUUUAAAAAAAUAUCAAGAAAAUUAGGAAAUUCCCUGGUGCCGGUAAUUUAUUUAAUAUAAUUUCAAGCUGCAGCCCCCACAAUGCAAUUUGGCUCUGGAUUACACGAAAUCGGUUCAAAACUGCUACAAAAAAGCUAAAUCAUGGCUUUUAUUGUACAAAAACGUUAAUGGAAGUAUUAUUGAAGUAAAGAAAAGCUUCUUUCUCAAGUCCUUCAGUGAAUCUACUCUGGUUUGUGAGUCUAUUAAUUCGCAAAACGUCCUCCACGGGGCGUCGGUAUGUAUUUCUGCUGCUACAGGAAUUCUCAGUGAAAGUAAAAAAUAUCGAAUUCGCUAGGUUUUUUUCCCUAAACUGCUGAGAUUUCGGUAAAUUUGGAUAAAUCGUAUUUUUCCUCUCAAAGCAAAUCCCCGCUGACCAUGACCAUAUGCUUUUCAUCCGUUUUACCGACUUCAGCGGCACCUCCUUUGCCUGAAUGUUCGAUCGACGACGACUGCGCUUCCUGCACGAUCGGCGCCGCUUUGGCCGCUCCGUGUCAAGGCGAAAAAUGGCAACAAAAUGCAGUUUAUGUUUUGCAAUCCACGGACAAAGUUUAGCCUUCCCUGAAUUCAGAAAAUUUUUGAUUUUUUAAGGAAGAUAGACGUUGAGCCGUCGUCCUACCUGGUCUGCUCUUCGGAAAGCGGCGUCUGGAAGCAGGAAGUCUGCUCCGAGAACGGCCGUGCUCAUUUCAGCGCCUCUCUGAAGCAGUGCAUCGACCCAGCCACCAUGAUCUUCCACGCGCAGGGAACAUCUGGUCGGUUGCAGCAAUUCUUCGUUCUCUAUCAUGAAGUUCUCAGGAUCCGGUAGGGUCGGAGACGUCUGUUCUUUCAAUACGGACUGCCUGGGAGGAAUGUUCUGCGCAAUCGGACAAUGCCGCUGUCUCUCCACCUACAUCGCCGUCGACGCCUACUGUUAUGAGAGUCGGAAUCUCUUCAGAACUGCUCUUCUCAAAGAUUCGUUCAGAAAUCUCUCCAUCCGACUCGGGCUGCUUCUACGACGUCCAGUGCUCCGCCGUUUGGCCGGACUCCUUCUGCAAGAACGGACAAUGUCUGUGUCCUUCUGACGACAUGGUCGCCAUCAAAACCAAGUUUGUAUUUUUGAUUCACUGCAUCAAGCUUACAAGGCCGAAUGAUUUUUCGCACUCUGGUCCAUUUUUUUCAAGGUACUUAAAAGCGCAGUUUAGUGUUCCAGGUGGGUUGAACUAUUUGAACGCUCGAAUUUCUGUUAUUUUUCACCAUUUUCCCCGAUGUAUGCUGUAAAUCAUAAAUCCCUGAUUUAUCAGAAACGAAAACACCCGAAAUUAUUUCGUAGUGUGAAGAAGGAAAAAAAAAAACGUAACUACUGUUCUCAUAGCCCAGACGCUCUCAACUCGGCGGUCAUCUACAAACAAAAAUUGAAUCUCGGCCACCGUCUCAACCUUUGAAUUGGUCCUCUCAAUGUUGCGCUUGCGAAUCAAUCUUUACCUAAGCACUUCACGCGUAUGACCGUCCGCGUAAAUUCGCUCACGAUUUCAAAUAGGAAAAUCAUGAAGGUUGAAGGAAAGAGAAUUCUGAACAGCUAUGAAGUCGGAUUUGAUGAAUUAGCUCUGGGUGAUGUAUCGUCAACGGUUCAGAGACGGAACGUUGUGUGUCUGGUCGACUUCGACCGAGCCGGCGUGUCCUUUGCCUUCGCUGCCGCCGCCGGAUUCUCCAGCUGCCCUGACAGUUCUUCCAGCCGCCGCCGGUAUCCCUCGAGUCUCUGAAUGAAUCUGAAUGGAUCUCUGCAGGCAAGAACAGUGUGAGCAUUGCUCCUUGCAAUCCACACAGUUCCACCCUGCCGAACAACGAAGAAACGCUUCUCAACAAGGCCUACGACCACAAAUGCGCCGUCCGAGGAUCUGUGAGUUUUUGCUGAAUCCAUGAGAAUGAAGCGAGAAAUUUUCACAUAAAUUAUCAGAAUCUCGCAAAUUGCUGCUCAAGGCCUACUGGAAUCAGAAAAUAAGACUUCAUGACGUCAUUAGAAAGCUAUAGCUAUAACUUAAACCCCUGCUUAAAACUUAUAAAACCCGUUUCCGGAUGUUUUCGGGCUACAUGAGGACAUUUUUUCAGAAAGUUCCUUUGAUUUUGAUUUUCUUUUUUGAGCUUUCUCUCGGAGCAUCCAUUGUAGUUUUGAUUCAGUACGGAGAUGAGCCUUCUCCAAUCGACGUUUCGGACAUUUACGACUGCAUCGACAACAGCAAAUUCUGGAAGGAACAAGGCGUCGACACGUCCCAGCACCCUGUCGGUGUAUGUUGUAUGAAUCGAGGUUUUUUCUCACAAUGACUGGAGUUAAUUGGAACGAUUCCAGCCUUCACAUGCAUGCAGCCGAAGCGAGGCGAAUCCGAAGCGCUUGGGUCUGUUCCUCGGUGGUACUUCAACGCCGUCAUCGGCUCCUGCCAACAGUUCCUGUUCGAUCCGACGAGCAGCGAAGUCUCGCCCAACAACUUUGAAACUCUCGACCACUGCGAGAGCUACUGCAAAGACAGUGAGUCGCUUAAAAGAAUGGACCUCAAAUAUUUCUUUUUCCAGCUUGUCCUCGGGGAAAUCCUUCCUAUCUGGCCGCCAAGUCGCACCUCGGCCAGAGCGCUCAGACCGGCUGCACCACCGCCAAUCCCUGUCCAGAUCCUUUCGUCUGCACCGAAGUCGCCAGCCAGAGCGUUUGCUGUCCUAGUCGAAGUCAGUUUCUCAAAGCGAAUUCUAUCAAAUAAUCUGAUUUUAUCGCAAGUACGCUUAUCGGUGCUCAAAGGAAUCACUCGUGCCAGUUCAACUAGAAACCAAGACCAGAUUUUCUAAUUUAAAAACGCAUAUUUUUCUUCAAAUUAUGUUUUUGUUUCCAAAACUUUCCGCAUACAAGAGGAACAUCAUGGCUGCCAAGUUUUUCGUUUUAUCUUUUGAAAUCAUUUUGUUUUCUGUAGUUUCAGGAGUUUUUUUGUAACUUGAUGAAACGAGUACUCAUUAUAGAUCUCAUUCUUUUUUAACAUAUUUUUUUAAAUAAAAAAAGCUACGGUGUAAGAUUGCUAGUAGUUCAUUAUUCAAGAUUGGAACAUUGCUUUCCAGAAUCGAUAUGUAGCGAAGCCGGAGCUCGAUCAAAAGAUCCACUGCGGCCGGCGCCGUACGAUCCAGGACAUCGAUUCGAUCAACUCACUGGAGAAGCCGCCAACUACGCCCUCGGUAUCAGCACCAGGUUCGCUUGGCGACUGGCAACAAGAAGAAACGUGCUUUUGACAGAUAUUACUACAAUCCGACCGACGGACAGUGCCAUCCCUUCACUUACAACGGUUUCCUCGGAAAUUUCAACAAUUUCCACAGUCAGGCCGACUGUCAGAUAUUUUGUGCCAGAUGUACAACUUUUCCCUGAUUUUACAAGCAAAAUGGGGCUUCAGUGCAAUGUCCCGCAUGGGAAUCCCCUGACGAACGGAAACGGCGCGCCACAGAGAUGUCAACGCGACACGGACUGUCCUUCGACGCACACUUGCGCCACUGAACACACCGUAUGCUGCCCUACAGCUCGUUAGUUUCUUCGCAAAAACUUUGGAGAGAAUAAUCACAGUGAGACAAACUUCAUCAGGAAGAAUUCUGUACUUUUCAGCUGGAAUUUUUCGGGAAACUAGCCAGUUUGGAUAAUGUGUGAGGACUCUGUCUGUCUCAUUCUACAUAAAUCGUUAUUCUUGAGAAUGGAUAUUUCAAAGAAAAAGAAAACCAUCAGAAACUAUAAGAAUUAGGUAUUAAGUCUUCGACUGCGACUUUUGGAGAAAAAAGCAGUUUUGCAUAAUUUAGGAACCUUUUCUGGCUGACCAGAGUACUCCAUUUGAUCGAGGAAAGAGCUUUUCUGAAAUUCUUUCCUUUUUGAAGAAAAUCUGCAACUUUCUUUCUUGAUUUUGAUAUUUCAGAGACGCUGUGCACUGAGCCGCUUCGAGUCGGAGAUUGCAAGCAGUCCGUCCGUCAAUUCUGGUAAGAGAACGUUCGAUUACCUAUAAAUUCAUGAGUUUUUUUUAGGUACAACGCAGAAACGCGCACCUGUGAGUCCUUCUUGUACACCGGCUGUCAGGGAAACAACAACCGAUUCAAUUCUCUCAACGAAUGUCAAAGCUAUUGCAGAAACAUCAACGGUUCGUGAGAUUCAUGAGAAGAUAGUUCGUUGCUGUCCUUUGGAGCAUGAACUCUGUUUGCAGCUGAGCCGAAGUGUUCGCAAGGCCGAGCCUACGUCGACUUCUCCGGCAAGUUCAUGCAGUGCGGCGAGGGCAUCGGAGGGACCGCCUGCCCGGCCAACUACGAGUGCGUCUUCGACGGUCUCGUCCACGGCUGCUGUCCCAGCAAGGCCUACACCUGCUCCCUGCAAGUCAACAAGGGCGUCGCUUGCGGCUCUGGAUCCUCCUAUCGAUACUUCUACAACAACCAGGCCAAGGUUUUCUUUCGCCAUCCAAAAAAGGCGACGUUCAAAAAAUACCACCAAUAUUCACGCGUUUUGAAAUUGAUUUGAAGGCAUAAGAGGUAUAGAAAGUUCAAAAUGAAAAAUGAACGUUUUUAAGCUUUUUUGUGCAAAAAAAAACCCGAUCGUUACACAUUUCUGUUUCCUUUCGAAAGAUUUUUCAGAAAUUCAUGUUUUUACAGGAAUGUCAGUCGUUCCUAUUCCUCGGAUGCGACGGCAACUCCAACAACUUCCCUUCGAUCGAGAAGUGUCAGAACUACUGCGAAAUCGCCUGUCAGUCCGUUUUCUUCGCCACAAACCACCUCAGAAUCUCUUCAGUGUGUCCCAACGGCGGCUCCCCGCUGAGAUCCAACUCGAAGGUUCGUUCUUGUUCUGCGGCUGACCCCUGUCCGACGGGCUACGACUGCAGCAUGGUCGAUGCCAACGGCGUCACUCAGCGACGUUGCUGUCCCUCCAAAGGUUUUUCCCAAUCUUCUCAUCGGAAUCUUUGCUAAAAGAUGAAGAUUUCAUAACUUUAAUCGUUUUUCUUUUUUUUUCAAAAAGCAUAUUUCUUAUUUUUUCAGUUUCUAUCUGCUCGAAGCCGCCACAAAUGGGAAUGUUGCCGAAAUGUAGCAGCGGUAGUGGACAAAUCAAGUAAGUAUCAAAAAGUUCCAUUGAUUUGGGUUUACGCUGUUAGUUUGUCGGAAAACGGCCUCUUGAUGCGCUAUGAGAUGUAGCCGCGCGCAAGCCAGCGCGGGUCGGGUGCGCGAAAAACCCUGUCAGAGUGUCUGGCCUCUGGCGUCAGGCUGUGAUGAUACAAAAAAAAAACAUCGCCGUUUACCCGACUGAGGAAACCGUGCGGAGAACUGAUCGUGCUGAGCCAAUAUUUUUGAAAUAAGCAAGUUUUUAACCGAAAAUAAAAUGAAAACAAUUUAUCAAUUUACCUGGGCUAAUUAUUAUCAACUUUUGAAGAAGGUAAAGAGGCAAAAACGAUAAAAUUCAAAAAAGUUCUUUUUCAAAUUUGUAGUUUUUUUAAAGUUUAAAGAAAAAAAAGUUUUGCAAAGCUGGCUUUUUCAUAUUUUAAAAUUCUGGCAUUUUUUGUAGUUGAUCAGAUUAGUUUAUUUCCGAGUUUUGCUGUUCAGUGGUUAUGAUGAAUACUUUUGAAAUAAUCAUCAAGAGAUCGUUAAGAGUUUCUUAUAUAAUAAAUCUCUUGAAAGAAGGAAAAUAAUAAUUUUUUUCAAAGGUACUAUUUCAACAUGGCGUUACAACUCUGCUCAUCUUACACUUCGAACGGCUGCGACACAUCGAUAAAUUCUUUCAAUUCUUUGGGAGAAUGCGAAGAUUUUUGUAUGAGUGCAGGAUGCGCUUUGGGCGACACUAUUUACAAGGUUCUGUGAAAAAUGCACGGUUUGACGAGAAGAUGAGGUUCAGGAUCCGAAUACGAACAGGCCAUUCAUCUGCAACACGGCCUUACAAAACAACUGUCCCCUGAACUACGACUGUACUUUGAACGCCCUCACUCAGGAACACAUGUGCUGCGGCUCCGAAAGCAUGGGUCUGUCGAGAUUCUCGGAAAGCAUCUGGGAACGAAUUCAGGAGUUUGUCCGACCGGCGAGAAGGCGUUCAUGGAUCCGAGAACUAACACUCCGCGACAGUGCGCCAUGGCUGCAGGUACUCUUCUUUGAAGAUAUUUGAAGGAAUUCAAACUAACGGAAAGAUUUAUUAACUUUUAUUGAGAGCUACAUGUGCUGGCGAGCCUUGAAAAUAAAUAAAUCUAUUUUUCAAAUAGAAACUUUCGAUGAAGAAAAUGAGCUCUAAUAACUUUGCGUUCUGAAUUCAGAUGGAAAAUGUCCCGGUGGCUACCUUUGCCGCUUCUCCCAAACCAACCAUAAGUACUACUGCUGUGGCAACAUCAACGGAAGUGAGUUUCGCGAGCGAGAAGCUCAAGCAGUUCACCUCGGGUUGCAGUUAUGUGUCCGGCUGGCCGGUCGCUAUUCCGCUAUUCCACGACGCAGCUUCCGCUUCAAUGCCACAUCUCGCCAUUGCUCAACUCCUGCCCCAACUCCUACUCGUGCAUGUCAGACGUCCCUGGCGCCUUCCAAGGCUACUGUUGCAGUCAGCAUCGUGAGUUUUUCCUGUCGCAACUCGAAGAAGUUGGCUCUUCAGCCAUCUGUCCCGGUGAGGUGCAGUUCCACGUCGACGAGAAAAGCCAGAUGCCGACGACUUGUAGCAGUGACAGUUUCGCUUUUUGUCCGCAGGUUUUUCAGGGGAAAGACGAUUGUUCAGACUUUUCAGGGCUUCACGUGUCAACAGCAGCCAGAAACCUCCAACUUCUUCUGCUGUGCAGGCCAAGAAAAGGAAGGCGUCAAUGGUUUCCCUCGAAGCUCUUCAGAAAUCAACUUGGGAAUUUUCAGACGGCUGUCCUCCUUCUCAAUUUGCUUUCGUUGAAGAAAGUGGCGAAGUCAAGAGUUGCGACCCCUUCGAUUCGGAAGGUUUUCUAGGAUUAAAAUUCUUCAUUUUUCGAUGAGCUUAAUUUCUAGCCAACUCCUGUCCCAUUGAAUACACAUGCCAAUGGUCGCUCAAAAACCAGAAGUACCAAUGCUGUGGAACUCGACCGAUUCGAAAUGUUAAGCCGAUGGCUCUGGGUAGGAUUCAAAUCAGAAGGACUCUCAUUUUGGCUGUUGAGAUGACGGAUGUCCAACCAAGCAGUUUGCUCUGAUUGACCGUCGGAACAACAUGACGAGAGUCUGUACUGCCGGCGAGGAGAAGAGCUGUCCAGUCGGCUUUUUCUGCCAGUUCUCUUCCAAGAAAGGACAGUUCCAGUGCUGCGGCCAGAGCGGAGGUCCGUCCAUCGACUCUAAUUCUUCUCUACGGUCUCUCAGGGUGUCCUGGCCAUCGCGCGGCCUACAUCGCCGUCGACGGCAACGCUCAGGAAUGUCUUCCUGGUCCUGACAUGUGCGCCGACGGCUACGAGUGCGUCAAGAGUACGAACUCGAAAAAGAACAUCUGCUGCAGCAAGGAAGAGAAUGGUUAAUAAUAAUAAUAGUUAUUCGCAAGAAAGAUCAGAAUUUAUGUGAAAACUUCAUGAAGAGAGUGUAUAGUAGUAGAUCCUCCCUUUUUUCCUUUCACGCAAAAUACGAGAUCGUUCAAAAAGCUUUCAUCUCAAAUUUGAGUGAUUGAACCAAGAAAUAAAAAUUAGAAAAAACUGUGGGCGCGACAGCGUAAGGAAGGUAGUAAGUAAAAAUUAAAGAAUAUUUUUUAUUUCUUUAAAAUUAUUUUUGAUAAGAAAGAGGCGUAGAUUUCCUGAGCUUGUUUAAUGAGCUUUUCUAUGCGCGGUUCAGAUUGUGCGGAGAACGAGUUGAUGAUCAACGGAGUUUGUCGCGUCCGCGUCAAGCCGGGCGGCGGCUGCCAAAGAGACGACGAAUGCGUCGGGGGCAGCAGCUGCCUCGAACACGUCUGCACGUGAGUCCUGAGUCCUCCGAGCAAUACUUCUCAUUUCAAUCUGAUAUUUCAGAUGUCCUCCCCAUCGAGUUGACCUCAAAGGCGAGUGCGUCGACAAAGACUGCUCCAAAAACCAGGUUACUGGAGUCAUCAAAAUUCCAAUUUUCAAGUCUGUUUUUCAGAUCAGGAUAGAAGGAAGAUGUGAGAAACGCGCGGUUAUCGGCGAGCAGUGCAAGAACUCAUUACAAGUCACUUUUGAAUCAUGAAUCCUAUCAGAUGUUUUAACUUCAGUGUUCUUCCAACUCCAAGUGCCUCGAAGGAGUUUGCGAUUGCGGAAAGGGAGAAGCCGCAGAAGGCAACACUUGCGUCAAGACUUCAGGUUCACUUCGCUUCCUUUGUUCCACUUAAAGUUUUUUUUCAAGAAAAGUCGAGCAAUUCGACAACGACGACUUCUUCUUCGAUCAAGUCACGUCCAUCCACGACAUCUUCGAAUAUCUGCUCAGACAAGAACGAGAAGCCUCUCUACGAGAAAGGCUCUUCGAAGCUUCUGACGUGCUCCCUCGAAGACGACGACGACUGCCCCAACGGAUUCUCCUGCGAGUCCAGCGACGUCGUACGAGCUGAUACAUCUUUCAAUGUAUCUAAAAGUUUCUUUCAGGCUGAACAGACCGUUUGCUGUGGGCGAGGCCCUGAAGAGAAGUCGAAGAAGGUCAGACCCACCAAGACAAGUGAGUCUAUUCUCCAUUUUUGACGAGACACUUUGACAGGUUUUUUUUUUGGAAAUUCGGCCAAAACACUCCUUGAUAAAGGGAAAUCCUAAAACGUCUUUUCUUUAUUUUCAAGUUUUUUGACGCCCACAUUCUGAUGGUUUGAAUCCGAAAAAAAAGUGUCGGUUUGAGUAUUUUCAUUUUCAUCCAAUAAUGCAUAUAGACCAGGUUUUUUUUGAGUUUUCUGUUGUUAACUCGAAACAGAAGCAGUGUAAAGAAGAAAAUUAUGAAAAAAACAUGAAAAUGAAACCCAAAAAUCAUCGAAUAGGUUUGUUUAACAUACACCAUUUUUCGAUUGUCGUUGAUCAUUCAGCUCAACACUGUCCGACGGGAAUGGCUCCAUAUCUAGUCAACGGACGAGCGAAGUCUUGCGCUUCUAGUUCCUGUCCGUACGGCUACCAGUGCAAGUUUUCUGUGCUACGAAAAGAUUACUAUUGCUGUUCGAAGCAGCACAAGAAGACGAGCUCCUCCAGAAUACCAGGUUGACAUACUUCAAGACGAUCAAACGAGAGAAGGUUGACAGGCGGAGGUUGCGAACGCGGAAUGGCGUUGCUGUACCCGUCGACGCAGGAGCCAGUCCAGUGCGAUCCUUUGGCGCGCGGAUGUCCCCACGGCUACCUCUGCCUGCCUCAUCUGGUCACUAAACGCUUCCAAUGCUGCUCCGUCGACGCCAAUCGCGACAGGCAGAUCACCAAGGAGGAAGUCGAAGGUGCGCGAUUCCGACCAGACUCGGAGAAUAAUGGAGACAUUUCAGUAGAGUGUCCGUCUUACAUGGUUAAAGUUGAGAAGGAAGUUGAAGGAACACUUACUACAGCGUGUGGUGAGCCAUUUUUUUCCAACAUGGUCACUCUAAGCUAGUUGUAUUAGGCGAAAAAUAGAUAAUACUUAAUUUAACGGCUAUCGAGUUACAACAAUCUCAUUUAACAGAUUGCAUUCUCCUGAAAUUUACCGAAUCUUCCCUAUUUCCAACAUAAAUUUCGGUCACAAACGAAAACUUGCAGCGAAAUCGUGUCCGGAAGGACAUCAACCGGUGGACCGAGUAUGCCGGCCGACCGGGACCUCCACAGAGUCAUCUACAAGUUCUGCCUGA